UAUAUCUUUCUUUCAGAUGGCUGAAAUCAGGUCAAGAAUUUCUUUGCAAAACACCCAGUAUUGAUGGAGUUGAUAGCAGCAUAAUUGAGGGACUGCAGAAGAUUAAUUACCAUAAUGAAAUGGAGUAUUUAAAACAAGUGGUGGCAAAGGUUCAAUCUCCUGUGGUGUUUGCACAUAAUGACAUGCAAGAGGGCAACAUUUUAUUGAAAACACAUACCAAGUCUAAUGAAGACCGUAUAUGCCUCAUUGACUUUGAAUAUUGUUCGUACAAUUACCGAGGAUUUGAUCUUGCAAACCAUUUCUGUGAAUGGAUGUAUAAUUACAAGUUUCCCGUCCAUCCAUAUUUCACUGUGGCAAAGGAUAAUUUCCCCCCAAAAGACAAACAGCUUCACUUCAUCCGAUCCUAUCUGGAAGCUUAUGGGGCAUCACGAAGAGGAAAGCUCGCGCCAUCCACUGGUGGAUAUUCAGGGGAAGCAUUACGCACGAGCAGUUGCUUUGACAGUAGAACUGCCAUCAGUAGCAUGAAGGUUUCAUCACCAAUCAGCAAUUGCACUGCUCCCAGCCAUCCAGUUGAAGACAAACUCCUACAAGAAGUACAAACGUUCAUGUUGGCUUCUCACCUGUUUUGGGCUCUGUGGUCUAUUGUGCAGGGACAAGUCUCAAGCAUUCCCUUUGGCUAUAUGGAAUAUGCUGCAGUGAGGAUGGAUCACUAUUUUGAAGACAAAGCAAAACUUAGAGUGGACCACAUCAAUAAACGUAAGUCUGAGGCAAUUACAGAUGAAAUGUAGAAGAAAAAUGUAAUAUUAAUCAAAGAUAUUCAUGUUGGUAUGACUUUCAGUAUUCUUCCUGUGAAUAAUGUUUAUAAAAUUUUAAUAUUAAGUUUUCUUAACUAUGAUAAGGAUGGUGCUAAAACUAGUUAUCAUAAAAUGUGGGAAUUUGUAACACUUAACAUUAUGGAAAAAUCAACUCACCUUGAAAAUGGGAAUCGGCAUUUGACUGCAGAUAUAUAAUUUGUUCCACUGAAGUACAGAAUGAUGUAUUACAAGUGCCUGUUAAGUAAUAGUCUCGUUUUUCUCAUUGUUACCUUAGGCAUCUAAUAAUUGACUCUACAUUAUUUAGUUAAUAUUCUUUUUGUUUAUACUAAGUCUAUAUACUGUAAAUGAUAACAAAAGAGAUGAGCUGUAUGUGGCAGUAACAGAUGACUUUGAUGUAAUUUUAGUUGUCAGUGUAUAUAUUAGCUGAUAUAUUUUAUAUUACAUGUUCAUUUUUGUAAGUUUCACAUAUUCAAUAGUAUGGUGUAAUUAUGGUAUUUUCCUACUACUCAAGGACUGGUACAAGAAGUACUUUACAGGUAGUAUAUUUUGACAAUCUUGUCUGAAGGUAUGUCAGUGAUGUGAGAUUUGUGCUGUGAUGUACACUCAUGUUCUGUGAUGUAAUGUAAUGUACUGUGCUUGUUAUUAACUUUUUAUGGUAUAAGGACCACUUGUCAUUUUUUAUUGACCUGCAGAUUACAUAUACCAUUAAGUGGUUGUGUAAGCUGAAGGGUUUUAACAUGAACACUAUCAUUCAUCUUGCUCAUGCAUUAUUAAAGGGACCCAUUAAUGUAGUUGGGUACAAUAUAUUUAUAUGGAUGGGAUUUACUUGAAAGAAGUAUUGUACAGAAUGAAAACCUGUGCUGUGCAAGCAAUCAACAGAACCAGGGAUAUAUUAGUUUUAUCUCAUCUUACUAUGGAGAUUGUUCCCAGGAGUUUCAGUGCUAUUAAAUGUAAAGUCACUUGUUGUGAUGAGUUUUCUUAUUAUGUUAGUACAGUACAGUACAGUACAUAAAUAAAUUAUUAUGUUAGUACAGUACAGUACAGUACAUAACUUAUUAUGUUAGUACAGUACAGUACAGUACAUAAAUAACUUAUUAUGUUAGUACAGUGCAGUACAUAAAUAACUUAUUUUGUUAGUACAGUACAAAGAUAAGUUAUUAUGUUGGUGUACAUAAAUUUAGGUUUGUAUUGUAUUUCAUCUUAGUAAGAAUUCUUAACCAAACUAUCUGUACUACAUAAUUAGAGUAUAAUUACUGCAGAUUUUGAUAAGAUUGAGCCAUUUUAAGAAAAUUUUCAACCUUUGGCCAUCUAACUAAAUAUAAGCACUCACCUUACAGACAUAUGUUUAUACAGUCAUAAAACAUUUAAUAAAUUGUAAAAGAGAA